UAGAAAAUGAUGGGAACUGCAUUUAUGUUUAGAAGUAAUGUAAAAUUCAUAUUUUUAGCUUGGUAUAAUUAAAAUGAACAAAUGAAUGAUGAUGCACUUAGAGAUUUCAAUUAAGCUUUAAAAAUGAAUCCAAAAUAUGCUUUAGCCUAUAAUUACAGAGGUGAAUACUAUUACACAUAAUAUUUUAGCCAUAUUAUUUAAAGAUAUUGGUGGCAAAGAUAAAGAAUUAAGUGACUAUUAACAAGGAUUUUGUCUAUCUCUUAAUGAUCCGUUGUUAUUAUGCAAUUUGGGUGAUUAUUAUUACAUUCUUUCUGACCAUACUUAAUAAACUUUGAAUGUUCUCAAAAGGCCUUAGAUUCUUUAUAGAGGUUAAAAUAAUCAGAAAUGGUGA